AUGGCCCGGGUUGCACCGCAAGAACGCAAGCGGGCGUAUCGGCCCAAGACGCGCACCGGCUGCUUGACCUGCAAGUAUCGACGUAUCAAGUGCAGUGAAGAGCGCCCCGCCUGUUCCCAGUGCACCUCAACGAGCCGCGUGUGUGAUGGCUAUGAGAAUCCCGCUCCAGCACAAUCUUCCAGCUUGACAGCAACACGAUUGAGCUCACAUGCAAGACGGCUCAUUCCUCGUUCCUUCAGUACUCCUUCCUUGGAUCUUUUUGGCGGCGAGGAGGAGCGCCGCUCUUUUCAGUUCUUCAUAGCGAAGACCGCACCGCAGCUCGCCGGCGAUUUCGAGUGCGCUUUCUGGGAACGCCUGUUACUGCAGUCUGUUCAUCAUGAGCCAGCCAUUCGUCAUGUCACAGUGGCUUUGGGAUCACUGCAUGAGUGUUUCGAGCGUAAUGCGGGUAACCCGACUAGCUCUGGCUCUCAGGCCGUGCAGGACUCCUUUGCACUGCGCCAAUAUCUGCGCGCCGUGCGCUGUCUGACAUCGUCAACCAGCGGAUCGCAGCCCCUGGACGUCUGCUUAAUAGCAUGUAUCCUGUUUGCUUGCUUUGAGGCUAUGCGUGGCCAGUCCGGCUCGGCCAUCACACACAUCACCAGCGGACUGAAGAUACUCGACGAGCUCCGAACCAGCACCAUGGGUACCUCUGUGACUCUCAGUGUAGGUCGUACGCCAUAUGUGCCGCUCGAGAUCGUAUGUGGUCUUUUUACUCGUUUGCAGGCGCAAAUUACUGUGGAUGCGGGCUCCAUAUCUGAUCAGUUCGCUCGACAGACCGUCCAUCGCCGAAGCGUAGCGCGUUGCAACCUCUGGCCAGAGCUUGUUAUCGACCCAAACAGGCCGAUGGUAUUCCACUCGUUGGCCGACGCCCGUGAAACGCUGGAGAUAUACACGUAUUAUUACAGGCAGCGCAGCACUGAGCUGCGGAGCGAAAACGCGCCCGCUGAGUUGCCAUCCGUGCAGGAACACACAGGACCGACCCCCAGCAUCAAUUCCGCAGCUGUGAACCUAAGGGAUACCUCCAUGUCUCUUCUGGCACAGUGGUCUAUCGCGCUGGACCGAUUUCUGCGUGCCCGUGGUGCCCCUCUGACGGAACGAGAGCGUCGCGCCGUCGCCAUUCUUCAACUCCGCAAGCUCGAUUACUUGAUUUCAUUAGACAUCUUCCAGCCCGCGGGCCAGGCUGAAGCUGGCGACCAUGUCCAGUGGGACCGGUACUGUUCCUUCUUUGCAGAGAUGGCGACUCUAGCGGAGUCUAUUGUUCCACUUCCCUCUUCGGCUUCCCCCGGCCGAAAUUGUUCGUGUUCGGUAUCGCCACCCAAAACCUUUUCGCUCGAUCUUGGCAUCAUCGCCGCGAUGUUCAACGUCGCCGUGCGGUGCCGCGACCCGCACAUCCGCCGCCGUGCUGUUGGUGUACUUCGCGCUUCGGCGGUCCAAGAAGGCAUCUGGAAUAGUGCCGUCGUGGCAGCAAUAGCUGAGAAGUGGAUUGAGAUCGAGGAAGAGGGUCUCGAGGAUGUGACGAGUUGUGCAGAUGUGCCUACCGUGGCGCGACUAUCGGACUUCCUACCUAUCUUCGACGCGGAGGAGCCUCGUGCGCUUGUCUAUUUUAGUCGCUCGGCUAUGGUUUCUCUGGGGAGUGCACGAGCCGAGCUUUUCCGGUGGUAA